CCGCGGCCAACAGCUGCGCUCUGGCCUGCGGCCGGGGCCCGCCGGCCGCCGCUCGCCGGAGGGGCGGAGCGCGGCGUCUGCGAUGCCCUGCCGAGGACGACGGGUCCGUGGUCUCGCUGUUGCGCCCGCGCAUCCACUCCCAUGGUCCACCGUCAGCGGUCUCCACGCCCGGUGCCCGGGCGUUCGGGGAAUCGGGGCUCUCGAGUCCGUGUCCACGUCGGGCCACCAUCACUUUCGAGCCUGCCUGAACCCAGAGAGGCAGAAGAGCCUUUUUAGAGACAAGGUGUUCGUUGCAAUUCCUGAGGAGCCUUGGGAUGCUAAAUCUGUGCUAUCUUGGGUUAUUGAUCAUGCAUCUGAUAGUGCAGAGAUCAUCAUCAUCCACAUAGUAACUGCACCAAACUUCGAAAGCCGGCAGCAAAUUUUGGACAGCUACCUGGAUGAAUGCUUAAGAAAAAAGGUUAGGGCUGAGAAACGGGUGUUUCUAUUCACCAAAAUCGAUGAGGGGCUUAUUCAUCUGAUAAAAAUAUAUGGGGUCACUGAACUUGUUAUGGGUGCAGCUGCAAAUAGACAUUACAGGAGGAAAAUGAAAGCACCAGAGUCUCAGACAGCAAGGAACGUGAUGCAACAAGCUCACUCACACUGCAACAUAUGGUUUAUUUGCAAAGGAAAGCUAAUAUUUUUCAGGGAAGCAAAUUACUGCCUACUGACCAAGUCAAAAUCAGCACGACCAACUUGUAGUGUUGGCAAUCCCAAAAUGGAUCUUCAAAGUUAUAUUCAACCUAAUCUAGAGGCGAAAACAUCGGAAUAUAUGUAUAUUAAGGAAAUGAAACAAAGACAGGAAGCAGAGGAAGAACUCUCUCAACAAAAGAAAGAGAAAGAAUCUCUGAAGCAAGUAAUAUUAAUGCUCCAAAACGAGCUUGAUUGGUACAGAUACCAUUCGAAUGAGAAUGCCAAUGCGCUGCAGGAGGCAAACCAGCAGAAGCAUCUUCUGGAACACCACAUAUCAGAGUACAAUAAAGUAAAGCGGGAGCUAGAUGAUGCGGUUAAAGAGGCAAGGGGCAUGCGUAUGGAGAAAGAGCUCACAGCACCUUGUGCCUAUGGAGCAAUGAACUCUGAAUUCUCCUUGCUAGAGUUGGAACAGGCUACCCAGGUUUUUAGCAGUUCACUUAACAUUGGUCGAGGUGGAUUUGGAUCUGUCUAUAAAGGUUUUCUUCGCAGCACUACAGUAGCUAUAAAGAUACUCAAUACUGAAAGCUUGCAUGCCCAAUCACAGUUCCAGCAGGAGGUGGCGAUACUCAGUAGAGUGAGGCAUCCAAACCUAGUCACCCUUAUUGGGGCCUGUCCUGAAGCUUCAGCACUUGUUUAUGAGUUCUUACCAAAUGGAAGCCUAGAAGAUCGUCUAAACUGUCUUGACAACACCCUGCCACUCACUUGGCAGGUGCGUAUCCGAAUCAUCAGGGAGGUUUGCUCCGCACUGAUUUUCCUUCACAAGCACAAGCCUCAUCCUGUUGUGCAUGGGGACCUCAAGCCAGGCAACAUCCUCCUCGAUGCAAACUUACUGAGCAAGGUCAGUGACUUUGGGAUAUCCCAUAUUUUGCUGGAGUCCAGUGUCACUGGCAGCGACGCACACUUCACCUCCCAGCCUAUGGGGACACCAGCAUACAUGGACCCAGAGUUCUUUGGAACAGGAGAGCUUACACCACAGUCUGACACUUACUCCUUUGGUGUUACCAUCCUGCGCCUCUUGACCGGAAGGGCGCCUCUACGCCUCAUAAGGGUGGUGCAGGGGGCCCUGGACGAUGAUGACCUGCAUUCUGUGUUGGAUCACUCGGCAGGUGAGUGGCCUCUGGGGCAGGCAGAGCAGCUUGCAAGAAUUGGGCUGCAGUGCUCGGAGAUCAGCAGGCAGAAACGCCCUGAUCUUCAACGCAAUGUGUGGAGGGUGAUCGAUCCUAUGGUAAAGGAAGCUCCUGCACCAUUGUCACAAUCUUUUCGAUCCAUGUUCAGUGAAAGCAGUAGAGCUGUUACCACGCCAUCCUACUUCCUUUGCCCAAUCUCUCAGGUUGUCAUGAGAGAUCCUCAGGUGGCAGCAGACGGCUUCACCUACGAAGCUGAUGCUCUUAGACGUUGGCUGGAUAGUGGACAUGACACAUCUCCUGUGACAAAAAAAUCACUUUCAAACCGUGAUACCAUCCCUAAUCACGCACUGCGUUCAGCCAUCCAAGAAUUCCUCCGUCAGAACAAGCUGCAAGACCUAUUUGCACAGGGAUAGCAGCGGGCCACUUUUGGAGUUCUCUUUUAAAGGGUUACAUUUUUGAAGUUAAAGUGUGCCAACUGUUACGCCUAAUGUAAGCAAAUAGUUGAAGAUAAGGUAUUCGUUAGAGUUCACGAGUUGUAAAUGCAAAAUAAUUUUUUUAUGUGUACAUGACGUAUAUGGAUUCUGUGCUAGAGUUUGUUCAUGAUUUUCCCACAAGUGAUGCGGAUAAUGACACUUCAUUUCUCAA